GUGCAAAAGGGUGGCGGAAUCGGUAGGCGCCAUCACGCGGGGCCACCGCCGCGACCGUGUCGUCGAGAAGGGCGUCCAGCCAGCGGCCGCGGUCUCGACUCGCCGAAAAGAUGGUCAUGAUGGCUGGUAUGGACGACCACGAGCGCAAAGUCGUCCUGGAGUUCUGCCACCUGCUCGAGAAGAGCAAGCAGCUGUUCAACGGGUUACGCGACCUGCCGCAGUACGGGCACAAGCAGUGGCAGGGUUACUUCGGGCGGACCUUCGACGUUUACACGAAGCUCUGGAAGUUCCAGCAACAGCACAGAAUGAUACUGGACACGAAGUACGGCCUCAAGAGAUGGCAGAUCGGCGAGAUCGCGAGCAAAAUCGGCCAGCUCUACUACCACUACUACCUGCGCACCAGCGAGACGAGCUACCUGCACGAGGCCUACUCGUUCUACGCGGCGAUACGCGGCCGCGCCUACUACAGCCGCGCCGCCAAGGAGGACAGGAGCGACCUGAUGGUGAAGAAGCUCAGGUACUACGCCCGCUUCAUCGUCGUCUGCCUGCUGCUGAACCGCAUGAAGCUCGUGCGGGAGCUCGUGCAGGAGCUCGACACCCAGAUUGCCGAUUACACCAGCACGUACGAGCCGGACGAUCAGCUCGAGUGGAACCUCGUGCUCGACGAGAUCAAGGCCUUCGUGAAGGCCGAGUCCGCGGUCGGCGUGCUGCACUCCGACUCCAACCCCAUCGUGCUGACCCACAGGCUCGGUCCGCAGACCUCGCCGCCCGUCGAACGAUCGCCACCCAUGUGCCUAUCUCUCCAGGAGAUCCUGAUCGUCGGCAAUUGCGCCGACCAGGUGAAGUUCAGUGAGUUGUCGAUGGACAUGUUCAGGAUGCUGCAGACACUCGAGCGGGAGCCCAGGGACGACCCGAAUCACCUGCACGACGCCUCGCCGGCGGGCCGAAUGCCCUUCCGACCCGGGCCGUACCCCGGGCCGGAGAACGGUGCGCCGAGACGCGACAAUCCGCACAAGUACCUGCUGUUCAAGCCGACCUACAGCCAGGUGCAAGUGUUCCUCGCGAGUGGCUUCAAGGAGCUGCCGGCCAACGGCGCGUUACUGCUGUACCUGUCGGCGGAUGGCUGCUUCUCCACCGUCAAGCACCCCGAAGAAAUGGGGUACGACCUGGGCGGCGUAUCCACGUGCAGCAAGAGGGACCCGGAGCACGGGAAGAGGCCGGCCGGUAGCAAGGAGCCGCACUGCCUCUACCCGGGCGACCUGUACCCCUUCACCAGGAAGCCGCUCUUCGUCGUCGUCGACUCGGACAACAGCUUCGUGUUCCAGGAGAUACCGCGCUACUUCGGCCAGCCUUUGAUGGUGCUCAUGUCGCCGCAGGACACGCCGCCGACCCUGCGCGACCUGCGACACGGUGGUAGCCUGUUCACCCUCUUUCUUCAUGCCCCCCUUGCCGCCUUUUGCCUUAUAUGCAACGUCGGGAGCCUCGCCGUGCACCAUUGGGAGCGCUGCCAGCGUUACAUCGAGCGAUUCCUCAACGAGGCCAGUCAGCUCGUCACGCGUUCCCGAUGUGGUAAGGAUACUUGGACACUCGCACCGUUGCUCACCAGCGUGCUGCAAUUCUUCGGCGACGAUUUCCUGCGGCUGCUACUGGUGCGCUACGUGUUUUGCUACGUGGUGCUGAACAUGCACCGCUCGUUCAGGGGCCGUCAGCAGAGACCGCGCAGUUACCCGCCUCUACCGGACGCGGAGGUCCUCGAGCACCCGGUCCUCCACCAUCUGGUGCUCGACCUGGCAGUCUGCCUCGAUGUCCGCGACCACUUCUCGGACAGCAACGAGCUGGCCUGACCCAGGCAUCUUCCCUGCUCGGCCCCCGACACGACGUCCCUGUUGCCAUCUCACAACCACGAUUACGAUUACGACUAUUGUAAUUACAAUUGCAACAAUA